UGAAUGGUGGCAGAGGAGGAGGAGAAGGAGGAGGAGAGAGAGAGAGAGAGAGAGAGAGAGAGAGAGAGAGAGGACAGUCAUGCACUUACUAGCAGACACCCACACACAAUUUCUCACAUACGCUGCAUACACAUCGGAGGACCUGCUUUGUAGCCACUCUGUGUUUGGAUCUGUUCGUGACGGCUCGUACUGCCAAGAUGCCUUCCUGUGGCUGGCUGUUGGCUCUGUCUCUGGCAGCACUCACAGGAAACACGAUUGGUGCUGAUGCAUUCAAGCAAGCUGAGAGGAACUGUUCUCUGUCCCCACCGUACCUCCCCAGCACAGCAGUAAAUACCACUCACCGGCUGCAGGAGUUACGAGAACGAAUGCUUCCCCUGAAUAUCUCUGCCUACAUUAUCCCUGGCACUGACGCUCACCUGAGUGAGUAUAUUGCACCACGUGAUGCCAGGAUGGCCUUCAUGACCGGCUUCACAGGCUCCGCAGGCACUGCCGUAGUUACUCAGACCAAGGCCGCUCUGUGGACAGACAGCCGCUACUGGGUUCAAGCUGAGAGACAGAUGGACUGCAAUUGGGAGCUGGAAAAAGAUGUGUCCAUCAGCAGUGUAGCAGAGUGGCUCAUCUCUGAGGUUCCACCAGGAGGUGAAAUCGGCUUUGAUCCCUUCCUCUUCUCCCUUAAAACGCAGGGGGACUACAGCAUCAAUCUGGAGUCAAGCAAUCGCAGCCUCAAGUCCAUCCCUGCUAACCUGGUCGACCAAGUGUGGAAGGAAAGACCGCUCGUCCCACCUGACAACCUCACCCGCCUGCCUGACAGAGUCAUACAACGGUCCUGGCAGAUGAAAGUGGAGCACAUACGGAAUCAGAUAAGGGACAAUCCAUACGAACCAACAGCUCUUCUGCUAUCAGCACUGGAUGAAACAGCCUGGCUGUUCAAUCUGCGUGGCAACGACAUCCCAUACAAUCCCUUCUUCUACUCCUACACACUGCUCACAAUGGAUGAGAUCUGGCUCUUUCUCCACACAGACAGAGUGACAGAGGAAUUGAAGGUGUACCUGAACACCUCCUGUGUCGGGUCCCUCUGCGUGCAGUUAAAAAGCUACGACACUGUCCUAGAUAAUCUAAAGAAGUAUGUGGCCCAGCCUGGGGUUAAAGUGUGGAUCGGCACAGAAUACACAAACUAUGCACUUUAUGAGAUCAUUACACCAGAGGACAAACUAAUGACAAGCUCCUACUCUCCUGUGUUGACGACUAAAGCAGUGAAAGAUGAGACCGAGCAGCGAAUCUUGAGGGAUGCUCACGUGAGGGAUGCAGUUGCAGUCAUCCAGCUGCUGAUGUGGCUGGAGAAGGCAGUGCCAGAGGGGAAGGAGACUGAGCUGACUGCUGCAGAAUACGUCAAUAAGUGCCGCAGCAAACAGAAAGACAGCAGAGGCCCAAGCUUUGACACUAUCUCUGCAAGCGGACCCAAUGCUGCACUUGCCCAUUACAGCCCUACAGAAGAAACGAGCCGGAGGUUGACAGUUGAUGAGAUGUACCUGGUGGACUCUGGUGGCCAGUAUCUAGACGGGACCACUGACAUCACUCGGACAGUUCACUGGGGAACUCCCACAGCAAUGCAGAAGGAGGCCUUCACUCGAGUGCUCAUGGGAAACAUUGAGAUAUCUCGAACCAUCUUUCCCUCAGGGACAAGAGGUGUAAACAUGGAGAUGCUGGGUCGCCGGGCAUUGUGGGAGGUCGGCCUGAACUAUGGCCACGGCACAGGUCAUGGUGUUGGAAACUACUUUGGAGUUCAUGAGUGGCCAGUUGGCUUUCAGGGCAACAACAUUCCCUUCAGAUCAGGCAUGUUCACGUCUAUAGAACCCGGAUAUUACAAGGAGAAUGACUUUGGGAUCCGGAUUGAAGACGUAGCUGUGAUUGUACCUAUACAUACAAAGUAUGGUCAUAACUACCUGACCUUUGACACUGUGUCGCUGGUUCCAUAUGACAGAAAGCUGAUUGACACUUCUCUCCUCAGCUCAGAACAGCUUCAGUGGCUGAAUAAAUACUAUGAGACGAUCCGGAGGCUGGUGGGUCCUGAGCUGGACAAACAGGGACUACAUGAGGAGAAGGACUGGAUGCUCAAAAACACAGUGCCCUUAAUGGAGUCUGGAUCUUCUGCGUCUGUCUGUUCUUCCUCACUGACCCUCAUCGCUCUGGCCGUCGCACUCCUCCACAACAUCAUCUGAGCAUCUUCAUCUCUCUUGCACUCACUCCAUUCACAGCAGACUUGCACACUAAUCUUAAUGUUACCCCUAUGCAGUCUCUAUUGAGCAGCUAUACCAGGUUGAGAGAUGCACUGCAAUUUAGCAUUUUUUUUUAAUUGAAGUAUUUGUUUAAUGAUUUAAUGGCUGAUAUUGUGGUGUUUUAAAAAUGAUCUUUUGUGUGAUUUUUGAUGUUUUAGCUUUUUGGUUUUUUAAUCUGGACAUUUGUAUGACCAGCUGAUAUAAUUUCUAUUUUAUUAAAGUAACUCUCUUUAAAACAAA